GGGAUAGUGUUUGUGGCGCCAAGUAGAGCUAGGUUUCUUCUAGGUGGGGAAACUGCGGAUUCCUCGGUCUCCGAGUGCAUUUUGUGGACAACGGCCCCGCUACAGCCCUCGGGGCGCCGCGGCCAACAUGUGGAAUAGUGGAUUUGAUGGAAGCUAUGGGAACACGUCAUACGGAGGUGGAGGCUACUCACAGGCCCCAGGAGGAUUUGGCACUCCUACUGCUUCUCAGGCUGAAAAGAAAUCAAGAGCACGAGCCCAACACAUUGUUCCUUGCACCAUAUCACAGCUCCUGUCUGCCAACCUGAUUGAUGAAGUAUUUAAGAUUGGAGAAAUUGAGAUUUCACAGGUCACUAUUGUGGGAAUAAUCCGACAAGCAGAAAAAGCACCCACGAACAUUGUUUACAAAAUAGAUGAUAUGACUGCUCCGCCGAUGGAUGUCAGACAAUGGGUAGACACUGAUGACACAAGCAGCGAGAAUACUGUGGUACCACCAGAAACCUAUGUGAAAGUGGCUGGUCAUCUCAGGUCUUUCCAGAACAAAAAGAGCCUGGUAGCAUUUAAGAUUCUUCCUCUAGAGGACAUGAAUGAGUUUACCAUCCAUAUUCUGGAAACUGUCAAUGCUCAUAUGAUCCUAAGCCAAUCUGUCAGUCAGCCCUUGGCAGGAAGACCUUCUUUCCACACUUCUGGAAUAGGUGAUGCAGGAAACUUCGGGGGAAACAGCUUUGGGGGGAACAGUCUGAUGCCAGCAAAUGGCCUCACUGUUACCCAGAAUCAGGUGCUGAAUUUGAUUAAAGCUUGCCCCAGGCCAGAAGGCAUGAACUUCCAGGAUCUCAAGUCUCAGCUCCACAACUUAAACGUGUCUGUGAUCAAGCAAGCUGUUGACUUUCUCAGCAAUGAGGGACACAUCUAUUCCACUGUGGAUGAUGACCACUUCAAAUCCACAGAUGCGGAAUAACUCGACAGCUGGUUCUGUUUUCAUGAGUCCCCUUCCUCUGUGCCGCAGUUUGAUCCAGGGACUUUGAUAAGGUUUUCCAUGGACGCUCUCAGUACCCCACCCCACCCCCCGAGACUCUACUCCUAGCUCCUUUUGAGGCUCCAGUUAAUACUGAGGACGCUCACCGGUCAGCUGGCAAAGACUGGCCUGAAUGUUUGCACUUGGUGGAGGGGGGCACAGAGAAGUCAGGGGAAAUGUUAUUUAAAAGAGGGUUUGAAAACUUGUGUCUUAAAGCUUCCCUCCCUCAGGAGAAGGUACGUGCUUCUGGGACGCUUCCAGUCGUUCUGCCUGCUUGCUCGGGCUCUGGGGCGCACCGGAUGGAUGCGCGUGUCUGUCGUAGAAAUGCAUCAUGCUGCUGAGGAGCCUAAGGGAAUAUCAUUAGGUAGAGUGCAAAAUAAACUUGUCCUCAUCUUUGGUUAAGAUUUUUUAAAAGUAUUCCUGUUUCAUUAGCUCACCCCACCAUUAUCGGCCUCAAAGAACUCUUUUUUAAAGUAAGUUCCAUCAAUGUCUCUUGUUUUUACAUCACUUCAUUUCUAGAUAUAUUGAACCCUCUUCUAACAGAAAAAUAGCUGUGUCACAAUAGCCCGUUGGUGAUGUGUUCAUUGGACAGCCAACAAACAUUUGUUAAAGUGCCUACUAUGUGUGCCUACAAUCACUGUGCUAAGCAUUGGGGAUCAAAGAAGGCAAGACAGGACCUGACUUUGAGGAGCUCUGUGUAAUGGGGCAGAAACAUGUAGUGUGUAAACAGGAUAUCGAUGGGAUUGAUUGGAAGUAGUCACCAAAGGAAAAGCAGAUUGUGAAAGGCUUCCUCGAGGAGGUGAGCUCGGAGGGAAUCUGGAGGCAGAGAUGGGCAGGAGGGACGGCCAGUGGGAAUGCCGGGACCACAGAGGACCCUGAGACAAGCGAGAUGGAACAGGCCUGGAGAGGUGCCAAGGGGCGGCCUGGGAGGGGCUUUGAACAGCCCACAGGAUUUCACUUUGGGCCCUGCUGUAAGAGGAAGCCUCUGGCCUUGGAUAAAUCAAGGGAUUUAUGACAUCAUGCUAGCUCUCUGGCUAAGAGUUACUUUAACCAUCGAGUGGAGGUCCAGCUGAAGUGGGCCAAGACCCACCCGCAGACUGGUGCUGUCAUCCAGGUGUUGAGUGCUGGGCUCCUCAAUGAUAAUCUAAUUCAGCUUCUUUUUGCAGAUGAGGAAGCAGUCCCUCCUGCCUGAGGUCCCAUCAAGCUACUAGAAUCCAAACUUCUGACUUCCCAAUCAAUCAGGGCCAAAUUUCCAUUUAAAGAAAAGGAAACUUGGCCAUAAAUACACCAACUACUAAGAAUGCAAACUUACAUGUGGCUCUGGCAGGUUCAUUUUCCCAAUUUUGUUUGUGCCUGGCCAUCCUAAUGAAUUUGCUGUCCUAAAAAUGUUUGGAGACAUCUUUUCUUCUCCCAGGUUAAUUGAUCCCUUUGGUGAUUCCCCAUUGCCUUCAUUUCAGUGGUGUUUUUUAUUUUCUUGUUCUUAACCAUUAUUACACAUGAUCCUUUCCUUAGAUACAGAAGUAUAGAAAAAAGUAUAUAUAUAUAUGAAAUCAUGAAUAUUAUAUCAACUUGUAUUUUAAAUAAUAAAUUUGAUGUUUCAAAAACUGUU